AUGUUGGGUCGUGCCAUCUACAAAGCCAGUGCAUCGAUGGUCUCAUCGUUGCGUCUUUCUUCAGCACACACAUUCCCUUUACUGCACACACCCACCAUUGUUCAUCCUACUCGAUCGUUUUCAUUCACUCCAACAGUCCUUGGUCUUGAGGAUUUUUUUGACUCGAGUAAAGGCUGGGUAUGGAAUGAAAAAGAACUUCCUACUGGUCGUGCAUGGCUUGCUGCAGAACUUCGUAACAAGUCAUUUGAUGAUCUACAUAGUUUGUGGUGGGUUUGCUGCAAAGAGAAAAAUAAGUUAUAUUCACAACAGAUGGAAGCUCGCCGGUUUGAUAUUUUCUUUCCACACAAGGAUCGGAUUCAACAAGUAAAACUCACAAUGAGCCGACUCAAGUUGGUGAUUUGGGAGCGUCGCGAAGCUUGGAUGCAAGCUCAGGCUAUAUUGAAAACAGAACAAGCUCGUCAGGAAUUAUUGGAUUCUGGUAUGAGUACGGAAGAGGUAGAGGACCGUCUUGUAGAAAUGUUUCCAGUUCCGAUCGUGGAUUCUGGUAAAGCUGUAGAACGCAAAAGAUGGACCAUGAAGACAUCUCGUACAAUGACAUACCGCACCAAGAAAAGCAAGGCCAAGAAUUCCAAUUGGAGUGUCGUUUAA